CCACAGUGCCCCGCGCUCCAUUUCCCUCACACCGCCGCUAUCCCACAGUGCCCCGCGCUCCGUCCCCUCACGGCGCCCCGCGCUCCUCCAUCCCCUCACACCGCCGCCGUCCCCCCGCGGCCCCGCGCAGCCAUGGCGUACCGCGGGCAGGGCCAGAAGGUGCAGAAGGUGAUGGUGCAGCCCAUCAACCUGAUCUUCCGCUACCUGCAGAACAGAUCCCGGAUCCAGGUGUGGCUCUACGAGCAGGUGAACAUGAGGAUCGAGGGCUGCAUCAUCGGCUUUGACGAGUACAUGAACCUGGUGCUGGACGAUGCUGAGGAAAUUCACUCCAAAACCAAAUCCAGGAAGCAGCUGGGUCGGAUCAUGCUGAAGGGGGACAACAUCACCCUCCUGCAGAGCGUCUCCAGUUAGGGACCGGGACACCCCCGAGCUCCUCGGGAUCUGUUUUGUACUCGGCUUUUGGGGAAUAAAACGGGCUUUUUCACAAAA